UGUACCUAAUUAAAAGAAAAAAAGUACUUUUCUGGUUUCCCGCCAAAACGUGAAAUACUAUUCAAAUUUGAGAAAAUUAUGAAAAAGUUGUAUGUGAAUCUACGUGUCGACAUUUAAGUUUUGUGAAAGUUUCAUGAGUUUUGAAUUUAUAAAAAGUUAAAGUGGGUGAGCUGCAAUAUUUAGAUUAAGCAAAAAUAAAAAUGUAGAAGUCAUUCCCAAUAUGCCCUAAGCUUGGACAGUUUUUACAGCUUUUUCUCCUAGUUCUCCCUAAGUUCCUCAAAGCCUGCUUGCACUUUCCCACCUUGGUUCAAUCGCGGAGGACUUCCAAUCCAAUUGCUAAAUUGGGUUCUUCGCUUUUCUUUCUCUAUAACUUGGUUGAAUUCUGGCUCUUUGGUCUUGGUGCAUAGAAAUGAACCCUCAGAUGAAGUUUCUUUUUUUGGAGAAUUGAGAGCAACUUUUUUUGUUGAAUGUUUCUGAGAGUACUUGGAGCGUGUCAUUUUUGGUUCUGGCUGCUUUGUCGUUCUGUAUGGAUGAUAAACAGGAUUCUUUAUGAUGCUUGUUAUCUCUAAACUAAUGUUUUUAUUCUUUGUGGGACAGUUCUGCUUCCAUGGGAUGGGACGAUAAAAUUGUCAAACAGCCGGAAGAGGAAACUCAUGAAUCAUGGACCCUAUCUCUUCACUCUCUGUCUGAUUUAUCCCACAUUUCGCCGAUAGUAUUCUUGUACCUCAUUAAAGAAUGUUAUGCUUCUGGUACCUUGAAGGCAACUAGAAAGUUCGGGGUACUUCAACAUCAAGUUCAUCAAGUAUUAAAUAAUAGGCCCCGACCUGGACCCGCUACUUUUGUCAUACACUGUCUCUAUGCACUACCCAUAUUUGACAUUCACUGUGAGGGAUUCAGUCACUUGAUAAUAUCUUCUCUCCGUCGUUUUCUGAAAGCUAACCUUGCGGACUCCUUGCAAGCAAAGGACUUAGCUGCACAUUUAUUUGUUGAUAUGGUUCAGGGAUAUGUAAAUCAUGAUGAGAGGAUACUUGUGAAGGUAGUAGAAGUGUUUGACGUGAGAGUGACAGACCUUGAGAACGUCAUAUGCCAACUUAAAGCUACAAACAUUAACUUUAGACCAAUCACUGCCCUAACAUUUCUUGAGCAAUAUAUUUUCAAGUUUAUAGAGUCUCAGUCCUAUAUGACAGCAGUCACUCUAUUGGAGCACUUUUCUAUUCGCCAAUCUGGGAAAUCCUUCCUUCUUGUCAUGAUGGAAAAGAAAGAAUUUAGGGCUGCAGAGAAGUGGGCCACAUUUAUGGGCAAGUCAAUGUUAUGUGUACUUGUCCAGGAAUAUGUAGACAGAAAAAUGCUGAAGUAUGCUUAUGUGACAAUAAAGAAAAACAAUCUCCAGCAAGAAUUUGCUGAUGUAUAUCAUCAAUGUAAAGAAAGUUCAAUGAAGCAGCUAGCAGAAAAAGGAUGCUGGGAUGUUGCUGAGUCAAAGGCAAAGGGUGAUAAACAGUUCAUUGAAUACCUGGUCUAUUUGGCAAUGGAAGCUGGUUACUCUGAAAAAAAUGAUGAAUUGUGUGAUCGAUACUCUCUUCAAGGUUUUCCAAAAGCCAAAGAAUUUGAUGCAACUCUUCUGCAUCGUAAGCACUAUUUGUGCCUCAAAGAACUGGGCAUUGAAGAUGUUUUUUGGGUUGAUCAAGUGGAUAGUUUGCAUACGGCAACAUGUUAUAUUGAAGAAUCUAAAGUUGUUGGUAUGGACUGUGAAUGGAAACCGAAUUAUGUAAAGGGCAGCAAGCCUAACAAGGUGUCCAUCAUGCAGAUUGCUUCCAGCAGAAGUGUUUUCAUCUUUGAUCUCAUAAAAUUGUCAGGGGAUGUGCCACAUAUUCUGGAUAACUGCCUGAGUCGUAUUUUACAGUCUCCAAGUAUUCUAAAGCUUGGCUAUAAUUUUCAGUGUGAAACGAAGCAACUCACCAGCUCCUAUGAAACAUUGGGGUGUUUUAACCAUUUUGAAAUGCUGUUGGACAUUCAGGAUGUAUUUAAAGAAUCCAGUGGUGGUCUCUCAGGGCUUGCUGAGGAAAUACUUGGUGCUGGUUUGAACAAGACAAGAAGGAAUAGCGACUGGGAGCAACGACCUUUGAGUCAAAAUCAGCUGGAAUAUGCCGCUCUUGAUGCUGCUGUUCUUGUGCACAUAUUUCAUCAUGUACGGGACCGAUCUCAGCAGGCUACUGCAGAUGGUAAUGACAAAAUUGAAUGGAAGUCUUCUAUAAUUUCGCACAUGGAUAAUGCCAAGACGACCAAAAAGAAUGUUCGGAAUAGAACAAAGUGCAUAGUGGAGAUUGACUAGCUCGACAAUCAAUUCAUGAACUGCCGGAGCUAUUGCUGUCAGGGGCGGUUUUUCUUAUGUAAAUAGCUUUUGCAUGUAAAGACUAGACAUCAUUACUUAGUGAUCCAAUUAACAAUUAUGAUGUGCAUAUGGGAAAAAUUCAUUGCCAAUGAGAGCUUCAGUUCCGUCU